CGCAGCGCUGAGUUUCAAAUGGUGUUGGGGUGGUUUGUGUUUGGGGAUGUUUGUUUCCGUGUUUUAUAUGAAAGUGUAAAUCGGUUGAAUAACUAUAAAGGGGUGGGAGUAUUCCAGCCAUGGCAGCAAAAGGAGCCAAAGGAAUAAUAGCGAAUAAACUCGGAUUUAAGAACAGCGGCUCCAAGUCUGUGGAGAGUGAGCUGGAGAAACUGAAGAAGGAGAACGCUCAGCUGAAGAAAACCCUGGAUGAAAUAUCAAAGCAAAACAGACCGAAUCCUCAUCCACAUCAUGACUCGGAUAAGGCCAGCCUUCUAGAGAGAACUGCUUAUCUGGAAUCUCUGAGGCAGAAGAACACUCAGCAGCUGUUGGAUAAAGAGCAGGAGAUUGCCGCUCUGAGGCAGCAGCUGAGGACUGAGGGUGGGGAGCUGGUGGCUUCCCUGCAGAAUCAGCUGGAGAAAGACAGAAAUGAGGCAAAGCAGAAAGAGGAGGCGCUCCACGCUCUCUCACAGGAAACAGAAGAUCUGAAAAAUAAGCUGCUUGCAGUCUCCCAGAGGUGUGAAGCGCUUCAGAAGCACAACACUGACAUACAGGGCUCUACAGGUGAGCUUGUGAUGGUCCAGGAGCAACUACGUGAUGCCUUGGAGAAGAAUCAACAGUGGUUGGUUUAUGACCAGCAGAGAGAGGCUUAUGUUCAAGGUGUUCUGGCUAGGAUGGCAGAGCUGGAGCAGCAGUUAAGCCAUUCCAAAGAAGCCAAGUCAGAAGCUAAAGACCGGCCACGGCCGUCUUCUGGGCGUGAUCAGGAGCAGGUGCUGCCCACAGUGCAGCGGGAGCUGGACGAGAAGCAGGAGCAGGUUGAUCUACUGCAGGCUGAGAUGGAGAAGCUGAGGGUCCAGUGUGAAGACAGGAGGUGGGAGGCGGUACAGUUGAAGGAGGAACUACGGGAAAAGCAGAGGAGCAGCCGGCAGCUGGUGGCAGAGGAGAAGGCGCUGGCUGCUGAACACAGAGCCGACCUGCAAAAGAAACUGGAGGCGGCCAAUGCCAGACUAGAGGAGGAGAGGAAGAGAGCAGCUGAGCUGCUGCUGCAGGUGAACCACCUUCAGAAUUCCCUAUUGAAACAAAACGAAGAGCAAAAGCGGAUUGCGAUUUUGGAGCAACAGGUAAAAUCUAAUUUACAGGUCCAAAUGUCUGCGAAAGACUUUGAGAAUGAGAAGUUAGACCGGCAGAGUCUACAGCACCAGCUCCGCAAAGUUCUGAAGGAGCUGCGCAAGGCCAGAGACCAAAUCACACGCCUGGAAUCUACAAAAGAAGCUUAUGGCGGGAGGGAUGCUGAAUACUGCAUCCUGCCAGAGACGUCUCCGACAAAGACUUACAAUGCACUUGAUGAAAGUUACCUGGAGUGUCCCAACUGCAGGACUUCAUACCCCACCAGUCAGCAUAGAGAACUUCUCAUGCACCUGGACUACUGCUUUGGUUAAACUGCAAAACUUCUUCAGAGAAAGAAAGAAGGGAUUGGGUUUUAAUAUUUUGUCCUUUUUUUUUAAAUAAUCUAUUUUUUAAUAUAUAAAAUGCCAAACCGUUUUGUCUGUAUUUUUAUGUAUUUAAAAACUGAUCACUCCAAGGGUUUUACUUGAACAGUAAUUGGAAUUAGAAAGAUUUUCGUGGGUUUGUAUCGGGUGGUUGUGCUUUUUCUUUUUUUUUUUUUUUAUAAUGCUUUAACAUGUUAUUUUGACAAGAAUAAAUGGUAACAUGUUGAA